UGGAGAGGCUUUCGAAUGUCCGCCGGGACCGUGGUCAUCGCAGGAGGAGUUCUGGCUACAGUCAUCUUACUGACCAUCGUCGCUGUGCUGUGUUUAUGUAGGCUGCAGUAUUACUGCUGUCAGAGAGAGGAGUCUGAGAAGGGGGAAGAGGAGGAACCAGAGCUCGCCACCAUGUCACCGUCCCACCCCCUGGCUCUCUGUGCUCCUCCCACACCACCCACCCCCGACCACCACAUCGACAAGCCCGACACCUAUCCGCCCACCUUCCUGACUGAGGCCAACGGCUCUGCCAGCUGCUCUCCCACCCCGCCACCACGCAGAUGUCACCGCUCACAUCCUUUGUGCCAUUUGUGUGCACGCUGCUCGCUGCCCUUUUACCUGCAGCACCCACACAGGCUGUGCAACGGCAGCUGCAAGUACAGCUACAGGACCAUGCAGCAGCAGGAUCUGGACCUGCCGCUGGACCUGGCCAGACUGUACCAGAAGCUCAACGUCAUUCGCUCCGUCACCAUGAGAGAGGUUGUCAGUCACAGUAUCAGCACUGACGUCUAGU